AUGGAUACUUCAAAACAAAAUUUAGAUGCAACUGAAACUGAUGUUAAAAAUUUAUGGAUAGAGUAUGAUGAUAAUAUUGAAUAUCAGUUACAUGCUACAAUUUUUACUACUGAUUCAAUUACUGAAUCAACUGAAUCAGAUGAAACUAGUUACCUUCUUAAAAAAAUAAAUAUUAUGAAUUUAGAAAAAAGAAAAGAAGUUUAUGGAAUAUGUGGAGAAUGUAAUGAACCAGGUACAGGAGUCCAUUGGUGUCAACCUUGUAAUGCUAAAAGAUUUAAGGAAAAUUUUAAAAAUUGGACUAGUGGAAAUAAAAAUAUUGAUAAAUUAAUACAACAAUCACAACUUAAUGCUUUAUUUUCCAUGAAAUUUCUUGAAUGGUUACCCUUUGAAAAAUUUGAAAAUGUUACUUAUCUUACCAGAGGUGGUUUUAGUAAAAUUUAUAAGGCUGAUUGGCCUGAAGGAAAUAUUGAAGAUUGGGAUAUUGAAAAUAAAAAAUGGAAUCGAUGUCCAAAUAUGAAAGUUGCAUUAAAAAGUUUAGAUAAUUCAUCUAAUAUAAAUAAUGAUUUUUUAAAUGAGAUUAAAUAUUAUAUUUCAGGUCAUUUUCAUUUUAUUAGUACUGUUAUAUGUUAUGGAAUAACUCAAGAUCCAGAUACCAAAGAUUAUAUGAUGGUUUUACAGUAUUAUGAAGAUGGAAAUUUGAGAAAUGUUUUAAUGAAUAACAUAAAUUAUAAAAAUAAAAUACAAUAUUUAUUUUGUAUUAUAGAUGGGCUUUCAAAUAUUCAUAAUGCUGGAAAAGUUCAUAAAGAUUUUCAUUCAGGUAAUAUAUUAGUUUAUGAUACAAUCCCAUUAAUUAGCGAUUUAGGAAUGUGUCAACCAGUAAAUAAUGAAGAGCAAUCAGUUAAAAAAGGAAUUUAUGGAGUAUUACCUUAUAUUGCACCGGAAGUUUUACAUGGAUAUCAAUAUACAAAAGCAGCAGAUAUUUAUUCAUUUGGAAUAAUAAUGAAUGAACUUAUGUCAGAAGAAAUUCCUUAUAAUGAUAUUUCUCAUGAUAAUAAUUUGGCUGUUAAGAUAUGCAAAGGAUUUAGACCAAAAAUUUCUGAAGAUACACCGAAAAUAAUUGCAGAUUUGAUUAUUAAAUGUUGGGAUGCUAAGGCAGAAAAUAGACCAACAGCUAAAGAAUUAUGUCAAAUAUUAAGAGAAUAUGUAGGUGAAAUUAAUGUUAAAGAUGGCGAAAUUUAUUUUCAAAUAAAAGAAUGUGAAAAAAUUAAAGAGAAUAGAUCAAAAAACAGAACAAAUGAAAAUGAAUCUAAAAAACUUCAAAUACAUCCACAAGCAAUUUAUACUAGUAGACUUUUAAAUUUUAAAAAUCUUCCAGAACCAAUAAAUUCAACUGAUUAUUUAUCUUCAUUUCAAGAAACCAUUCCAACAACAUUAAUAAAUCCAAUUUCCGAAAAUGUAUCUGAAAGGUUGAAUUAUGAGUUAAAUGAAUUAGAUCUCAAUCAAGAUGAUGAUGAUUUGAUUUUUUAA